AUGGAUAAUAUCAUUUAUUCUUAUUUGAAUGACUUAUAUAUUGACCAUUCAAAUAAUUGCGGUAAUAAUAAAGAUUAUGAUUUGUUUUUAAAAUGUUUAUUAACAUUAUCAAUCAAUGAUCUAUAUAUAACCUAUGAUACUUUAUCACACUAUUGCAAUAUUAUCAAUAGUAAUAAUAAAAAAAGACUAAAUGAUGGACAUUAUUCCGGUUUUGAAGAUUCAUUAUAUUGUUUAAAUGAUAAACAAAUUCAAGUAUUAAAUAAUCAUAUGAAAAUUUUAAAUAAUAAUAAUAAUAAUAAUAAUAAUAAUAAUAAUAAUAAUAAUAAUAAUAAUAAUAAUAAUAAUAAUAAUAAUAAUAAUAAUAAUAAUAAUAAUAAUAUUGAUAAUAAUAAUUAUAUAUUUACUCACACAAAAACGGAUAAUGGUGAUCAAAAUAAAAUUAUAUUUGAUUGUUCAAUUAUAAUAAUAAUUGAAAAUAAUAUAAAAAUUCAAAAAAAACAAUUAUUAAAUAAAACUUUAAAUAAAAAAAUAAAAACAACUGAUAGUGAUAAUAGCUUUAUCAAUGUAUAUAAAAUAUAUCAUAAAAACAAUAACAACAACAACAACAACAACAAUAAUUGUUAUGAUAAUAAUAGUAAUUGUAAAGAUAAAAAUUAUGAAUUAUUUAAAAAAGUUUGGAAUAAUGUUAUAAUUAAAAAUAAUAUUUUAUUUCAUCUUAGACUUUAUAAUUUUCAUAUGAUAGAGAAAUUUAAGAUUUCAAUUGAAGAACUUGAAAUUUAUAAAUAUAAAAGUUAUAUAUCAACUUUAAUUAUUGGUGGAGAUGAAUCAAAGUAUCCAAUACUUUGUAAAGAUUAUAAAAUACCAUCAAGUGUUACCAGACUAGAAUUUUCAGAUUCAUUCGAUCCAAUAUUAGAAGAUUAUUGUAUACCAAACACAAUUCAGUCAUUGAAAUUUGGUGUUAAUUUCGAUCAAAAAUUAAAUAAAAAAAUAAUUUGUGAUAGUAUAACAUCGUUAUGUUUAAAUUGUAGUUUUAAUCAAACAUUGGGUGGCGAUGGAGAUGGAAGUGAAACAUGGAUACCAAGAGGAAUCAAACAUUUAGAAUUUGGUGAAUCAUUUCAACAGUCGAUUUACCCAGGUCAACUACCACAUGGUCUUACAUCACUAAUAUUGGAUGAGAGUUAUGGUGGUAUAAUAGCACCAAAUUCAAUACCUGACACUGUGAAAACCUUGAAUUUCACAUUCGAAUCCAAUGAGAACAUAUGGGAUUUAAAAAAUAGUUUGGUACCAAAGGGAACCACGUCACUAGAGUUUGAUAAUUCCUUUAAUCAACCUAUAAUGGUUGGCGAUAUACCACCAAAUGUCACCAAUUUAAAAUUUGGUGAUGCUUUUAAUAAUACAAUCAGUCCAAAUUCAUUACCACAUUCAAUUAGAAGUCUCACAUUUGGAACUUAUUAUAACACUACACUCAAACCAAAUUCUUUACCACCCAAUCUAACUUGUUUGACCUUUGGCUAUGGCUAUAACCAACCACUUGAACAAGACCAAAUUCCACGUACAGUUUGCGAGCUAUCUUUUGGUGGAACUUUUGAUCAAGCAAUACCAUUGGAAUUCUUUAAAAAAUAUAAAUGCUUAAAAUCUUUGAAUUUCAAUGACAAUUUCGACCAACUAAUCCCACCAGAAUCAUUAUCAAGAACCAUCACAUCACUAAAUCUUGGUGGUUACGAUGGUGUUUUAAAUCAACAAAUAUUCCCACCAUCUUUAAAAUCAUUAACACUUGGUUCUUUUAAUCAAGCUAUAAAAGAAGGUGAUUUACCUUCAUCAAUUACAUCUUUAACACUCACAUCUUUCAAUCAUUCAAUUAAAAAUAAUGUUUUACCUCAAUCAUUAACUCAUUUGGAAUUGGGUAACUUUUUCAACAAUACCAUAGAAAAGGAUGCUUUACCAUCAUCUUUAAAAAGUUUUACGUUUUUAUCACUUCACUGUAAAACUUUUCCAAAAAUUGAAUAUCCACCAACAUUAAAAACAAUUUCAUUAGCAUAUAAUACUGAUCUUUUAAAUACUAUAGAUUCAAAUUUUUUUGAUAAAUAUAAAUUAAAUUAA